UGGGCCAAGCUCAGCAAAGCUAAGAAUCCACAAUCACUGGACCUCUCUAUCCAGAGUGCCUUGUCGGCCCUCUUCCCACCUUUUGAGGCCACAGCGCCCAUUGUUCUCAGCCAGCUGUUUCGCACUAUUGAUGAGCGCUACCACGGGGAUGCUCUGCAGUGCCUGCUGGACUUCCUCAUUCCCUCCAAACAUCUGCUGGAGAGCGUCCAACAGGCUGCAUGUGCUGGAUACUCUGAUGUGGUCUUCCGGUGUGAAGGCUGGCCUCUGUGUCUCCAUGACAAAACUGUUAUCCAGUUAGCCCCAGUGAAUCCUUUGCUGUUGCGUCCCGGAGACUUUUAUCUCCAGGUGGAACCUUUUGGGGACCAAGCAGCAAGGAUUGUUCUCAAAAGUCUUCUGGAAGAGGGGUGUCGAGAAGUUGAGGAGACCCCCAUCCCUGAGACGUCCUACCCCUGCAUGUUCACUGAAGAGUGGUUGCUGGACAUCAAUGAAGGACGUCAUGGGACUCCUCUGUCCCGUUGUUUGCUUUGCACAGACCAAGGAGUAAUCAAGUUGCCUUGGGACAAAAUCGCCAACCCUGAGUUUUUAAACAAGCCUAAGAUCAUGCCCACCUGUGGGCAAGCACCCCUGGAGUCGCAUCAGAUUUCAGCUCCCUUCCACUUUAGCUCUUCCACCCUCCCAGUGGAUGCUGUGAUUCCGCAAAAAGAUGACAGGAUGUCAGCGUCUCUGAGAUCAGUGAACUCUGCCAGACUCAUCAAAAUGGAUCAUGAAAGACGAGGUCCCAGAUCUGGCUCAAAGUCGUUAAUCAAGCCUGUGGGUUGGGUUUCUCCUAACACCUGGGAGAGCCACAACCAUCAAGAGAUAGAAGGUGAUUAUGUAGACCUGGUGGAUAUCGCCAAAGGGAAAGAGUUUGUGGAUAAACAGAGUGGCAGUGUAGUAAAUCCACCCAAUUUAGUUUUGCUCAAACCUGUCAGACCACCCCCACCGGUACCACGCAGGGAUACGGAUGCAUGUGGACAUAAUCUUCACAGCGUAGGGGAAAUCUGGCCACCAUGUAGCCAAAGAAAGCUGGGGGAAGAGCUUACUGAUCAAGACAUGAAAUGUAGGUACAGAGACUCUUACCUAGCAGCACUGAAAAACCCUGUCCCUUUUGAGAGGGGCAGUGUAGACCUCUUGGCUGCACUGGAGGAGGUAGGCCUAUGUGAAGAGCAGGAUGGAAGAACCAGAACAGCAUUUGCAGCACAUACAGACCACCUUAAAAACUUUUGUAACCACUGUAACAAACCUGUAGCAUGCAAUGAAUCCUGCCAGCACAGGCGACACAGUGAGCAGACAUCGGAGAACUGUGUGUGUUACCUUCCCUCUGGUUCACAAUCAGAAAACCUAAUGAAGGAAUUCCCUAUGACUUUGCAAGCAACCCCUGAUCUGAGCCAUAAUCAGAGAAGUCAGACUGAAGACAUUUCCCAUCAUUUAGGACAUACUGAUUCUGUGCAUCCAUUUUUGGAUGUAUCCUUAGAAAACUGUGCUGGUGACUUAAAACUACAGCAGAAGGGGGACGUUGUCAAAUCACCUGGCAAACACAAAGUUAUAGUGAGGUCUGUGUCUUCUGUGUCAGAGACUUGUACAGGGAGCCCCGUUCUCUACAAACUCAACAAGAGGAGCCUUACUGAUAUUUGCCCUACAACUGUCACUGGUGUAAUUCAAUGCCAAAAAAGCUUGCAUUUGGAUCAGGGCUCUGAAAAGCAGCAAAGACAGGAAUAUUCCAAAGAAGAUUCAAAUUCAAGAAGAAUGGAAACUUUGUCAGAUACAAAUGGACCAUGCUCAAAACUCAACUCAAAGACCGAGAAGCCAUCUUCUGCGCAAGUUCAACUUCCUGCAACAAGUUCUGAGUCUCAGCUGUCCCCACAACCUGAAGAACGCAGUUUCACAAGAAUCAGCAGUCUCCUUGAGCUGGGCAUUAUUUGUUUACCAGGUAGCAGGGACAGGAAUGGCAGGGCUGUUGUGGAGGUCUAUGGUGACAGAAAGGAGUGGAUGUCCCCUCUUGUGUCUGCACAGAGUAUUUGUGAAUUGCUGCUCUACUUACACUCCAUACCGAGAAAAGAUGUUCGCGAGUUGGGAAUGGCUUUGGUCAUCAAUGCCAGGAAGAGGCCACCCCCAGUUCAGCUCUAUAAAGCAUUGCUGAUGGCACAGGAGCAAGCUCUUCAUGCUGUUCACAGCAUCAUCGUUUUGAUGGAUAAGGACACUAAUCCUCGACCUGAAAAACAACCUGGUCUGCAGAUUGAAAUGGUAAACUCCCUAAGAGCACUGAAUAAGACAGUGGAGGCUUCCCAACUGACCUCUGGCCUAGGAGGCACCUUUACAUACAGUCAUGCAGACUGGUUGAAGUUCCAUGAGAGACUGGUACUUUUCAUGGUUGACCUGCAAGGGGCUGACAAUUUACUGCAAAAGGCAAUCAAGAGAGUGGAUAGCAGAAAAAAAAUCGACACACCCCAGGAAGUACAGCAAAGCAUCGAGGAACAGAAGGUUUCAAUGAAAGAGGUGCUGGAGGAUGUUAGAUUGGUUACACUACAAAGAGAAGGAGGAGCUUUACUGGCAAGGAUGAGGAGAGAGGAGUUCAAAUUUCCACAGUCUGAAGACUACAGAGACGCUUUGGAGUCAGUGACAAGUCUGUACAACCAAGUUGAGGAGAAGCUCCAUACAUUGGUGAUGAGGUCAAAUGAAUCACUGCAACACCUCGAGUUCCUCCUCAGGCUCAGGGAGAUGGAAGCCCAAAUAAUCACGGCAGGGCUUUGGUUCAGCGCAGAAGGUGAAGAGAGACUGAAUGACUCUUUCACAACAGAUGAAUUAUUAGCGUGCACUGAAAAGGCCCUCCAGGACUUCAAUUUAUUCCUCUCUAACUCCAAGGACAAACAACAGCAUGCCUUGACGUUGAUAAAGGAAGCGGAGGAGAUUGUAAGCGCCAACAACUCCAGUCCUGCAACAGACAUAUUUCGUACUCUUGUCAGCACUUUCAAAUCCAAUGUGGAAGACUUCAUUUUGCGGGCAGAACAGAGGCAGAAAGAACUGGACACACAAGUGCACGUGUACAGCUUUUGUGAACAGGUCACAGCUUUGGCCCAGGAAUGUUGUAUUCUUUUGGAGCAAGUAGAGAAAGGGUGUAACUCUGCUCAGACAUUAAGCACACUUCAAAUAUAUGAGGAGAGAUUAGGUGGUGAAUUCUCCACCCUGCACUUCCAGGCUCUGAGAGCUAAAGCCUGUGGUGUGGGAUCAGGGGCCUCUGGGAUGAUGAGAGUAUGGAAUGCAGCAUGGAUUCAGAGCCAAAAAGUCCGGCAACGUCUUGAGAAGAUGCAGAUGAAAAAAAGAGUAGAUAAGAACCAGAUCCAGCAGACCACAACUGCAAACCCACCAGAAGACCGUGCAGAAAUGUGGGGGGAGGGAAAAAGGAAUGAGCUUGGGACAGCUGAGAGCUCUAUGAACCUACAGCCAGUUUCUAUUACAGAGGUAGUCACUCCUAGCAAGAAUAAGGGAGAAAGCACCUCUGUAUUAUUCUCCAGGCAUGAUCUGAAAAACGAGUGUAAAGGGAACAAAAACCAAAACAGCAUUGAGAUGCAGGUUUCUAAAAUUGAGGACUGCAAUGUGGACAACAAAUGGAAGUUCAGAGAACACCACAGUGAAGCAGACCUGAGGAGCUCAAGUUCUGCAACAGAGGGGCAGGAAUUGCCUGUGCACCAGACUUUGGCCCGGUCCCUUAGCGAGGGCUCAUGCCCGACCAGCAUCUCUGGCUUUUCACCUUUAAUUAUAAGUCACGAACACUGUUGUAGUGAGAUACAGCCACUGGAUCAAGACCUGCAGGCCAUCCAAAACCUGUCCAUUUCAUGCAGAGAGGGUUUGUGGCAGAAACACUUGAGCUGUGAGGCAAAAACAGACAAUGAUAAAGAGAAGGGUGAGAGAUGUGCUUUCACCAACCAGAGACCAGAACAUUUAGAAGCUCAAAACAUAUCACUCACACCAACAGACAACAAUGGAAACAGUUUUUUGAAAGUACAGAGGAUUUUAGAAGAGUUGCUGUCUACAGAGAGAGAGUACGUCAAAGCUCUGGGUUAUGUCCAAGAGCACUACUUCCCUGAGCUGGAGAGGGCUGACGUCCCUCAGGACCUCAGGGGCCAGAGGGGGAGCAUCUUUGGUAACUUGGAAAAACUCCAUGACUUCCAUCAUCGUUAUUUCUCAGAUGAAUUGGAGAGCUGCUUGAAAGAACCUUUCAGAGUGGGACGCUGCUUUCUAAAACAUAAAGAGAGCUUCGCUUUGUAUGCCCUUUACAGCAAGAACAAACCACAGUCUGACCGUCUUCUCAUCAAUCACGGACAUGCUUUCUUUAAGCAAAAGCAGCUGAAGCUGGGAGAUAAAAUGGACCUGUGGUCCUACCUGCUAAAGCCUGUGCAGCGCAUCAGUAAGUACAGCUUACUGCUGCAGGACCUGAUGAGGGAGUGUGGAUCUGGACACACCAGAGAGAUCGCCGAGAUCAAGGCAGCCCUGGAGGUCAUUCACUUCCAGCUCCGCCAUGGCAACAACCUGCUGGCCAUGGAUGCUAUCCACCACUGUGAUGUUAAUCUGAAGGAACAGGGGCAGCUAAUAUGUCAAGAUGAAUUCUUGGUGACAUUCAGGAAAAAGAAAUGUUUCCGUCAUAUUUUCCUUUUUCAAGAACUCGUUCUCUUUAGCAAGACCAAGAAGACUGAUGUGGGGAAUGACACUUAUAUCUACAAACAGUCAUUCAAGACAUCUGACAUAGGCAUGACCCAAAACAGCGGUGAUAGUGGAUUGUGUUUUGAGAUCUGGUUCAGGAAGAGGAAAAGCCAGGACACAUACACACUGCAAGCAAGUAGUCGAGAGGUGAAGGAAGCCUGGACCAAGGACCUGGAGCGGAUCCUGUGGGAGCAGGCCAUACAUAACAGGGAGGUCCGCAUGCAGGAGAGAGUGUUCUUGGGCAUUGGAAACAAACCUUUCAUGGACAUCCAGCCAAGUGAUGCAGCUAUCAGUGACAGAGCAGUCAACUAUGUCCUGAUGGGAAGAGACAACAAGGUGCUCCACUGUGUGGGAUCAAGUGUGUCACCGGGCGAGGCUCCCGGUAGUCGACCAAAAUCUGUUGGUUCAGGCAGCAACUCAUCCUCCUCCUCCUCAGGCCGGGGUUCCUUGUCUCCUGUAGAAUUCAUGCCUGGCCAAAAGCAACGAGUGGUUUCGGGUGGUCUUGGAAGUUUUGCGUCGCCUCCUGGUGCUCUUGAGGAGGAUGACCUGGACCAUGAUAGUGGAAUGGACAGCUCUGAGUCUUCUGGAGAGAGUGUCAGUGGCCUCAGCAGUUCCAGUCACGGCUACCAGUCUGCUGUGGGGGGAGAGGUGGAGGACAACUCCUCUGUCUGCUCCUCCAUAAUCACUGUCAAGGAAGCAGCAGUUGGUCAUCCUGCUGAAGCUUUCACUGGCUUGCAAAACCCAAAUGCUAAGGCCGGUUCUACUAAGAAAACCCAGCCACCAGUUGCACCCAAGCCCAAACUCAAGCUGCAACAACAAAACAAGAAUUUGCCUGGCAGCAAGGCUCAGAGCGCCAAUCUGGAUGCAGACCACUCAGAAUUUGCCUGCACUGAAGAUGACAGCGAUUAAAAACAUUUUAGAAUUCCAGCUGUUGCUGUAUUCUGUUAACACUCUGUACAAAAGUUUCUUUUUUUUUUAAAUAUUACCAAGCAAUAAUUCUUCUGUUUAUAAUUGCUCUGUUGUGUAAAUUUAAACAGGGCUGAUUUAGAUUCUGUUAGACAUAAACGGCAUUGCUUUACUUAUAAUUCCCUGUGCAUUAUUCUAGUUUAUUUGCUCAUACUCUUGCUACUGUAGUUAUACUUUAGCUUGAAAAUGUAAAAUAAGGUAAUACACAAUGUUUUUUUAUGUUAUGAAUGUAUUUGUCUUAA